CAGGGCCGUUUUACUGUUACAACCUUUCUUAUUUUAUCAAAGUAAAAACUUUAGGUUCAAUGAGAUAUAAAUCUUGUUUAAACUAUACACGUUCUCUUUACAACCAGAUACUGCCCAUGACUUUAUUUCCUAGCUUUGGCAGUUAAACGCUUUCACAGAAAUACGCCAAAGUACCUUUCAAAAUAAAGUCUUCAUCUGCCAUUAACGAUAGCCUCAUGCGCAGAUGCUAACUUCCGUUGUUUCUCAGAAUAGCCAUUUGUGCUAACUGCUUGAAAUAUGUUUAAAUCCUCUCUUUACUGUUUGUUUAAGUCUGAUAAGUAGAUUUUAACAUAUAUAGAGUACGCAGUUUGGACUUUCUUAACCACUAUAAUUUUCUUGUGAGAAUUUAAAAUGUAUCAGAGCAACACAGGAGAGAUAACCGGCAGUGAGCCCACAGACUCUGGACAAACCUGUCGCAGAAGCGGCCUGAAGGAAGCUACCGCAUCGUCCUGUUGUCCAGCAUCUGUCUCCCCCGCUCUGCCUUACCGAAGUUCAGAAGUUUACACUCCCAGUUCAAGUCAUGCUCCAUCACAGCCAGGAACGGCCUCAGACGUCGGUUUUCUUGAAGGUCAGUGCCGGAAUGGCAUCAGGGUGGGACGACCAGCCUCGUCGGUUCUCAUGUCUUCCUCAGACACUUCCACUGUUCGCUUCCCUGGAGGAACACCAAGACUCAGGAGGACACCAGGGUCUACAGGACCGACAGGAACAAGCGUCUCGUCUGUUUCCACAAUUUCUGGUGCCUCUGUGAUAGUAGCGGUAGUUGAAGGGCGAGGUUUGGCCAGAGGAGAGAUUGGCAUGGCCAGUAUUGACUUAAAAUGUCCAGAACUCAUACUUUCUCAGUUUGCAGACACAGGGACGUAUGCCAAGGUUAUAACCAGGCUUCACAUCUUGAUGCCUAUGGAAAUCCUGAUGCCAGACACAGCCAGUGAGAAGGGGAAAUGGACAAAACUCUUCAAGCUUAUCACAGAGAAUUUUCCAAGUGUAAACCUCACUGCAAUCCAGAGAAAGUACUAUAACGAGAAGAAAGGGCUGGAGUACAUACAGCAGCUCUGUGCUCCAGAAUUUGCCACUGUUCUCAUGGAAGUGCAAGCAAAGUAUUAUUGCCUAGCAACGGCAGCUGCUUUGCUGAAAUACUUGGAGUUCAUUCAGAGCUCGUUUUAUGCUGCCAAGUCUCUAAAAGUAAUCUUUAAGGGAAGUGAACAGACGACUAUGAUCGACUCGGCCUCUGCAGCUAACUUGGAGUUGGUGGUUAAUAACAGAGACAACAGAAGCGACUAUACUCUUUUAGGAGUACUCAACCAUACAAAAACACCUGGUGGAGCGAGGAGGCUGCGCUCCAAUAUCCUGGAGCCUCUUCUUGAUGUGGAUACUAUAACCACACGCUUGGACGCCAUUCAGGAGCUGCUGCAAAACGAGGAACUCUUCUUCGGCCUAAAGAAUGCAAUAGGUCAUUUCCUGGACAUUGACCGGCUGCUCUCCGUUCUCGUUCAGAUUCCAAAGCAGGAAACGGCUCAAGCUGCUGAAUCGAAGAUUACGCAUGUCAUCCAGCUGAAGCACACACUGGAUCUGGUGCCACAGUUAAGGGAGGUGUUAAAGACAUGCAACACAGCUCUGCUAAAGGCAUACAGUGCAACGCUGGAGGACAACCGAUUUGAUAUAAUCCUCGAGCAGAUCAAGACGGUGGUUAAUUAUGACACCACUUAUUUUAAAGGAAGCCUGAACUUGCGGACCCAGAAGUGUUACGCAGUGCGACCCAACAUCAAUGCGUUCCUCGACAUCGCACGCAGAGUUUACACUGAAAUUGUAGACGACAUUGCAGGGCUUGUGAACAAGUUGGGGGAGAAAUACGGCUUUCCGUUGCGCACUAGUUUCAGUACGUCCCGGGGAUUCUUUGUCCAGAUGAAGCUGGAUGGAGUGGUCUUACCUGAGGGCAAGCUACCCCCAGAGUUCAUCAAGGUCACCAAGCAGAAGAACAGUUAUGGCUUUACCACUGCAGACCUGAUUAAGAUGAAUGGUCGUUGUGAUGAAGCGCUGAGGGAGAUUUUCCACAUGUCCUAUGUGGUUAUAUGCCAACUUCUUACAACCAUCCAUGAGCACAUCCAUUGCCUGUACAAACUUUCUGACACUGUGUCCAUGUUGGACAUGUUGCUCUCGCUGGCCAAUGCAUGCACAAUCUCAGACUACGUGCGUCCAGAGUUUACAGACACCUUGGCCAUCAAGCAAGGUCGUCACCCCAUCCUGGAGCGAAUGGCCCGACAGCAGCCUGUCUCAAACAAUACCUACAUCUCCGAGGGCAGCAAUUUUGUCAUCGUAACAGGACCCAACAUGAGCGGCAAAUCUACAUACCUCAAACAGGUGGCGCUCUGCCAGAUCAUGGCCCAAAUAGGCUCUUUUGUCCCAGCUGAGUACGCCUCUUUCCGCAUCGCUGACCAGAUUUUCACCAGAAUUGGUGUUGAUGAUGAUUUUGAAACCAACUCUUCUACCUUCAUGUUGGAAAUGAAGGAGAUCUCUUACAUAAUCCACAAUGCGAGUGACAGGUCAUUGACCAUUAUAGAUGAAUUGGGACGUGGCACUAGUGCUGAAGAAGGCAUUGGAAUCUGUCACUCGGUUUGUGAGUUCCUCCUUGGCCUAAAGGCGUUCACUCUGUUUGCCACACACUUUCUGGAGCUCUGUCAGCUGGAGUCUCUCUAUCCUAACGUGGAAAACCAGCACAUGGAGGUUCAGCACACACGUAACAGAGACUCUGGUGCUGAGCAAGUGGUGUAUACAUAUCUGCUGAGUCGAGGAUGCUCUGACGAAAGACAAUACGGUCUGAGAGCAGCUGAGAUUACCUCACUUCCUCCAAGUAUAAUCCAAGAGGCGAAGUUGGUUGCCUGUAAAGUCAGCCAGCAGCUUCUGGCCAAACGUCCCGCUGAUCCAGAAACGCAGAGACAGAGAGCUGUGUACCACCUGGCAACUCGCCUCUUGCAGACUGCCAGAAACUCAAGACUGGAUCCAGAGAGCCUGCGUAUGUAUCUGAAAGGACUGAAGAAGCAGUAUGAGGCGGAGCUGCAGACUGCAGCCCCAGCAAGGCCCACUGACACAGAGGAGGAAUGAAUGACUCUGCCCUUCUUCAGGGAGACAACUGUCCUUUCAUUGUUACUGACCAAACCUUACAUUUUAAUAACUGCGUUGUUUUUAAUUCUAACUGUGGUGUUAUUUAUUUGAUAAGUUAUUCUGCCUGGGCAGAAAAACACAGCUAUAUUACUGUGAUGAUUUGCCUGUUAUUCUGUAUUGUUUGAUGUUUUCUGGAAAUAAUUGAUGGCUAAUUAUAUCAAUUCAGUAACAUAUGAAUUGGUUAUACAGUAAGUUUUGUUGUUGUGGAUGUUUUGGGAAAACUAUGAAAUCUUCCAUUGCCAA